UACUCCAUAUUGUCCUUCUUUUCCUCAUACUCAAUCCUUACCACACCGUCAGUUCAUUAUCUCUCUCACUCACUCUUCUCAUCUACCUGUGUAGCCCUCUGUAAAAAAAAAAAAGAAACAAAGAAUCUGGGAAUCUUUCUUCCAGUCACCGUCCCUACCUCUCCUUAUCCCCAAAGGAAGCUGAUCUACAGAAUUCUUCUCUUUCCCUUUUGAAUUCUUUGUAAAUGCAGCUUCAAAACCCCAGGAAUUUCACUCCUCCCCAUUCCCUAUUUGCCCACAUUUAGCUCUAACUCUUGAAUCUUCUGGUUCAGCUCGGUAUUGUUAGAGUUCUGCUCGCUCAUUGUGAUUUCUUGUUUUGAAUUUCAAAUUUGAGCUUCUGGGUAUCUAUCCCCAUCCCCAAAGAUUGAAACUUUAGCAUUGUAAUUUUGAAAUCUUGAGUUUUUUUAUUUUUGGGGUUUGAGGUUUGGGCUGGUUAGGUUAAGAAGGGAUUAAAUUGAAGUUUGUUGUAAUUAGAAGGGGAGAAAUGGAGAGAUAUGAGCUUGUUAAGGAUAUAGGGUCUGGCAAUUUCGGCGUGGCCAGGCUCAUGAGGAACAAGGAGACGAAGGAGCUUGUGGCCAUGAAGUAUAUUGAAAGGGGACAUAAGAUUGAUGAGAAUGUGGCGCGCGAGAUCAUAAACCACAGAUCUCUUCAACACCCUAACAUCAUCCGAUUCAAGGAGGUGGUUCUCACUCCCACUCACCUUGCCAUUGUCAUGGAAUAUGCAGCAGGUGGAGAGCUCUUUGAACGCAUCUGCAGCGCUGGAAGAUUCAGUGAGGAUGAGGCUAGGUACUUCUUUCAGCAACUCAUUUCAGGAGUAAGCUACUGUCACUCUAUGCAAAUAUGUCAUAGAGAUCUAAAGCUGGAGAAUACACUAUUGGACGGAAGCCCAGCACCGCGCUUAAAGAUUUGUGAUUUCGGCUAUUCAAAGUCAUCUCUGUUGCAUUCGCGCCCAAAAUCUACUGUUGGCACUCCAGCAUAUAUUGCUCCGGAGGUCCUAUCUCGGAGAGAGUAUGAUGGCAAGAUGGCGGAUGUAUGGUCUUGCGGAGUGACACUUUAUGUGAUGUUAGUUGGCGCGUACCCUUUUGAAGACCAGGAAGAUCCCAAGAACUUCAGGAAAACUAUUCAACGUAUAAUGUCCGUGCAGUACAAGAUUCCUGACCACGUCCACAUUUCGCAAGAUUGUAGGAACCUUCUUUCAAGCAUAUUUGUUGCCCACCCAAUGAAGAGAAUAAGCAUCAAAGACAUCAAGUCACAUCCAUGGUUUUUGAAGAAUCUGCCAAGAGAAUUAACAGAAGUGGCACAAGCAGCCUAUUAUAGGACAGAAAACCCAGCCUUUUCGCUGCAAAGCGUGGAGGAGAUCAUGAAGAUCGUGGAUGAAGCCAAGACCCCUCCCCGAGUUUCCCGUUCCCUUGGAGCUGGUUUUGGCUGGGAAGGCGAAGAAGACGAGGGGAAAGAAGGAGAAGAAGAAGAUGAUGACUACGACGAGGAUGAUGACGAUGACGACGACGACGACAAUGAAGAUGAAUAUGAUAAGCAAGUGAAGCGUGCACAUGAAAGUGGAGAAGUUCACUUGACUUGAUACCCAUUCUCAGGUGCUCGUUGAAUUGAAUAAGGCUGUAAAUCCCUGGUUUAGUACCCAUAGUUGGUUUGAGGGUACUACUUCAAGAAGCAUGAUCUAUGUAGGAUUUGGUUUAGAAUAGAAUUUGACUAAUUGUCUUUUAAGAUAAUAAUAAUACUCCAUCCAUUUUACUAUGAAAUUGUGUUUAUACUUCAAGUGUCAUUAGUUGUUUCAAUUGUUUCAAUGUAAUGCUAUUAAAGGAUUUGAUUGAGCUUCUUUCUUUGAUUUAGUAGGAAGCUCACUAAUUAAGCUCAGAGUAUUAA